CCCGGCGAGGUGAUCCACCGUGGUUCGAGCGUUUCAUCUGGGCGCAGACUGUCGCUUUGCUUUUGGCAGCUAGGCUGUGAGUGUCCAUUCCUCCGUCUAGCUCCCUUUAUCCCGAAGGUACCUUUGGGUUCCCACCCCGCGGCCUGCAGUUGCUCCCCGGGAACUGAUACGAGAUGAUGAAUUGUCGUACCCUCAAUAGAGGCCACUUAUAUAUGAUACCCUUUUCUCUGCACAUCUUCGUAUCUGCUUUUCUCUAUCCAUGCCUUCAUCCUCCUUGUGAUCACAGUUCUCCCGUGACUCGGCCGUGGUCAUGAGAUAAUCCCUCAGCGCACUUCCUCUACUCGCAAAAUUGUCCUAGUUUCUACUGCAGCGCCUUACCUAUCCCGUCAAUCCACACAUUCCUAGCCUGUCUUUCAUAGAGUCUAUACGUUUUCUGGACGAGCUGCAUCGUGCUGACGCCAUGUCCUACUCGUCCGUAGCAGUCCGCCACUUCACGGCUCCUAAGCCCAUAGGAAACGCAAUGGAUUCUCUUCGCUCGCCACUAUCCUCUGAGACCAAGAUCAGGCCGUCUACAAUCUCGGCUUCGGUGAAUGGGGUAACGUCAGAGCCGUCCAAGAAGGGCAUAACAUUCGCCAACCAGGAUUCCCUACCCAAGCUACCCAUCCCAGACCUCGAGAAAACAUGCAAGAGAUAUCUUGAUGCUUUGGCUCCACUGCAAACGCCCCGAGAGCAGGAUGAGACCAGAGCAGCUGUGCAAGACUUCCUCAAAUCAGAAGGGCCUAUCCUCCAAGAGAAGCUCAAGACCUAUGCCUCGUCAAAAACAAGCUACAUCGAGCAAUUUUGGUACGACUCAUAUCUGAACUACGAUAGCCCUGUCGUGUUGAACCUGAAUCCUUUCUUCUUGUUGGAAGAUGACCCGACCCCUGCGAGAAACAACCAAGUGACCAGAGCAGCCUCCCUUGUCGUCUCUGCCCUGUCUUUUGUUCGUGCCGUUCGACGCGAAGAACUCCCUCCUGACACUGUUCGGGGCACGCCCCUCUGCAUGUAUCAAUACUCCCGCCUAUUCGGAACGGCGCGUGUACCGACGGAUAAUGGGUGCGUGAUCGGCCAAGAACCCCACGCAAAGCAUAUUGUUGUGAUGUGUCGGGGUCAGUUUUACUGGUUCGAUGUGCUGGAUGACAACCAUGACUUGAUCAUGAACGAAAAGGAUAUUGCUGUUAAUCUCCAAGUGAUCAUUGGAGAUGCUGAACAGACGCCCAUCCACGACGCUGCGAAGGGAGCUCUUGGUGUUCUGAGUACGGAAAACCGCAAGGUCUGGUCAGGACUGAGGGAUAUACUCACCAAGGAUGAGGGGUCAAACAAUGCAGAAUGUCUGAAUAUUGUGGAUACAGCCUUGUUCGUCUUAUGUCUGGACUAUACCGAACCCCACAACACGUCUGAGCUCUGCGCCAAUAUGCUCUGCGGUACGAGCGAAGUGGUCCGAGGCGUGCAAGUCGGUACCUGCACCAACCGAUGGUACGACAAACUGCAAAUCAUCGUGUGUAAGAAUGGCAGUGCGGGGAUCAACUUCGAACAUACCGGUGUAGACGGUCACACGGUACUUCGCUUUGCCAGCGAUGUCUACACAGACACAAUACUACGCUUUGCCCGGACGAUCAACGGCCAAGCACCCACGCUUUGGGCAACGGCCAGUCCCGACCCUUCCAAACGCGACCCUCGAAGCUUCGGUAAUGUCAACACAACACCUCGCAAACUGGAGUGGGAUAUGGCACCUGAACUGAGCAUUGCUUUGCGGUUUGCCGAGUCUCACCUCUCCGAUCUCUUGCAGCAGCACGAGUUCCAAGUACUCGACUUCAAAGGAUUUGGCAAGAACUUCAUCACCUCAAUGGGGUUCUCCCCCGAUGCAUUUGUGCAAAUGGCAUUCCAAGCCGCGUACUACGGGCUCUACGGGCACAUGGAGAACACCUACGAACCGGCGAUGACCAAAGCCUUCCUGCAUGGUCGGACGGAAGCAAUCCGGACGGUGACUAACGAGUGUGUUGACUUUGUCAAAACAUUCUGGGGAGAUAACCCAGCAGAACAGAAGGUGAGUGCGCUGCGGAAAGCAACCGAGAAGCACACGGCCAUCACCAAGGAAUGCUCCAAAGGCCAGGGACAAGACCGGCAUCUGUAUGCGCUAUACUGUCUAUGGCAGCGAUCCUUCGAUGACGGCGCGGUGUCCGCGUCCAACAGCGUAGUCAGCAGCUCCAAUGGGUACACUAGCCCUGCUGAGACAGGGCCGAUGGAGUCGCCUAAAUCUUCUUCUUCGAUGUCGGAGGACGGACUGUCAUCUAAUGGCUAUAGCGUGCGUGGAAUGCGCACCAUGCCCGCUAUCUUCAGCGAUGGUGGCUGGGAUAAAAUCAACACCACCGUGCUGUCGACUUCCAACUGCGGUAAUCCGUGCCUGCGGCACUUUGGCUUUGGGCCCACGUCUGCAGAUGGUUUCGGAAUUGGCUACAUAAUCAAGGACGACUCGAUCUCGUUCUGCGCCUCAUCGAAGCAUCGGCAGACUGCCCGUCUGAUGUACACAUUAGACUCGUACCUGAUGGAAAUCCGCAAGCUGCUGCGGGCCACCAACAACCGGCCUGCGAGCCCGCGCACGAGCAGGGCACGCGAGAUGGAGAUGAUUGCCGAGCGGCUCCAGGGGGAUCACCGCCGGGGCCGGAUCGUCCGGGGCGACCCGGGCCAGCUGAAUCGGGGUGCCGAGACGCCAACGACGGACAGCGGAGAACUCGAGGAUGAUGGCAUGGGCGGAUACGGGUUCUUCGAUGCAGGGAUGCUGCUCCACGCGCUCAAGGGGCUGAAUGCAGACCGGGAGCGGGGCGCCGAUAAGCCUGAGAAACGUCGGUUUGUCGGGAAGAAGCUGCGGCUGAAUGACUAUUGAGAUUUGAGGAGGAUGGUGGAGGGAUGGAAUCCCGGUGAUUGAGUUGGCGCUGCACAUGAUUGC